UAAAUUACAAUCAUUAUCUAGUCCAGAAGAAGAUGAAUUAUCAUCAGUAUCAUCUUCAAUGAAAAUGAAUGCAUCAAGUCCUCAACAACAAGCUAUUGUUCAUUCAUUUCUUGAACAAUUUGAUUAUGCUUUAUCAAUAAUGGAACGUGAAUGUUCAUAUCAUCCAACAGCUACUAAUUAUCGUAUGCUUGGUAAAUUACGUAUAAAAGCUAAACGAUUUGAUGAUGCACGAGAUGCAUUUGAAAAAUGUAUACAAGCUUGUACAAAUAGUAUUACAGAUCAAACAAUUGAACUUCAUGGCGCUUAUUUAGAUUUAAGUAAAUGUCUUAUACAACUUAAACGUUAUCCACAAGCUAUUGAACAAUUAACUAUACUUAUUAAACUUCAACAACCAAAUCAAAAUGCUGAAGCUUAUUUACAACGAGGUAUUGCAAAAAUGAGAAUGUUUACUAAAAAUACUGCUCAUGAAUUAGUAAAAUUAUCAUCAAAUAGACGACCAUUAUUAGAUAUUAAUAAAGCACUUGUAAUUCAACCAAAUAGUGCUGAAGCAUAUCUUGCACGAGCUGCUUGGUAA